GAAGGACUCAGGAACAGGAUGUGGAAGUCAGCAAAUGCUGGUCGGAGGUGGGAGGUGGAAAAACAAAUCCAAACCUUGACCAGAACCGGUUGGGAGAAGACCUCGAGAUGUUGAAACAAAAGAAAUACAAGAGACAAAGACCAGAUUCCUGCUCUUUAACCAGGAAAUGGACAAGGGCUGUCAGAUUCGGCUCAAUCACCCAGACACAUUACAGAAGUGCGGCUUCAACAACUCCUGGCCUUUGGUGAUGAUAAUCCACGGGUGGUCGGUGGAUGCCUGCUUGGAAAACUGGAUCUGGCAGAUGGUGGCUGCACUAAAGUCCGGACUGGCCCAGCCAGUGAAUGUGGGGCUGGCAAACUGGAUCAGCCUGGCCUACAAUCACUAUGCCCUUGCUGUGUACAACACCCGCCUGGUGGGCCAGGAGGUCGCAGCUCUUCUCCGGUGGCUGGAGGAAUCUGUUCAAUUUUCUCGAAGCAAUGUUCAUCUAAUUGGGUACAGCCUGGGUGCACACGUCUCAGGAUUUGCUGGCACUUACAUCGGCGGAAAGCACAAGAUUGGGAGAAUUACAGGGCUGGAUGCUGCGGGCCCUAUGUUUGAGGGCAUGUCCCCCAGCGACCGUCUUUCACCAGAUGACGCCAAUUUUGUGGACGCCAUUCAUACCUUUACCCAGGAGCACAUUGGCCUCAGUGUGGGCAUCAAACAGCCCGUAGGACACUAUGACUUCUACCCUAAUGGGGGUUCCUUCCAGCCUGGCUGCCACUUCCUAGAGCUCUACAAACACAUCGCCAAUCAUGGUUUAAAUGCCAUCACUGAGACCAUCAAAUGUGCCCACGAGCGGUCAGUGCACCUCUUCAUCGACUCCCUGCUGCAUGCUGACUUGCAGAGCACGGCCUACCUUUGCAGCGACAUGGACAGCUUCAGCCAGGGCCUGUGCUUGAACUGUAAGAAAGGUCACUGCAAUACGCUCGGAUACCACAUCCACCAGGAUAAGCAAAGCCAGAAGACCAAGAAACUCUUCCUUGUGACCCGCGCCCAACCCCCAUUCAAAGUUUAUCAUUACCAGUUCAAGAUGCAGUUCAUCAAACAAAUUGAGAAACCAGUAGAACCGACAUUUACCAUGUCACUCUUCGGAACAAACAGUGAAGUACAAAAAAUUCCCAUCACUCUGGGUGAAGGAAUUAUUAGUAAUAAAACUUACUCCUUUCUUAUCACAUUGGACUCGGAUAUCGGCACAUUAAUCAUGAUCAAGUUCAAGUGGGAAAACAGCGCAGUAUGGGCCAAUGUCUGGAACACCAUCCAGACUAUCUUCCCGUGGGGCAAGAGGUCCCUCUACUCAGGCCUCAUUCUGAAGAGCAUCAGAGUCAAAGCAGGAGAGACACAGCAAAGAAUGACAUUUUGCUCACAAAAUAUGAAUGACCUACAACUUCACCCAACCCAGGAGAAAACCUAUGUGAAGUGUGAUGUAGCUGCUAAGAAACCGAAGCCAAAGAACGGAUGAGCUUUAAUGAAGACCCCGUGUAUGGAAAAAAAUGUAUCUCCCUUUUCUGGAAUGGCUGCCUGAUCUG